UUUGAAGUUAAAUAAAAUUUUAUCUAAUCAGUUUGCCCCAUUCUUCCCCGUCGCUGCUGGAAGUUACAGCGGAAUGGGCACCGAAUUCACUUUCUCCUCUCGUCGCUCGCCUGUGGUGUGUUUGCACGGCUGUGUGGCGUCCAGUCAACCGCUUGCUUCUACUGUGGGACUGGAUGUUCUAAAGCGUGGUGGCAAUGCUGCAGAUGCUGCAGUUGCCAUAGCAGCAGCUCUGGCUGUAACUGAGCCAUGUAGCACCGGAAUUGGUGGUGAUGCCUUCUGCCUGUUCUACAAUGGAAACACUGGAGAGAUCAGAGGGAUUAAUGGCAGUGGUCGUUCACCUCAAGCUCAGACCCUGGACUUUCUGGAAAGACGGGGUUACACUGCAGAAGCUCCUCCUUCGGCUUUUGAUGCUUUGAAUAUCACAGUACCAGGGGCCCCGGCAUGCUGGUGUGACACUGUUGAGCUGUUUGGAAGCCAGAAGUUGACCUUGCAAGAUGUCUUGAAUGGGGCGGUGGAGCUGGCAGAGGUGGGGUUUCCUGUGGCCGAGGUAACAGCUCAUCACUGGGCAAACUGGGUGGCUGCUCUGCAGGAUUCUGGGAAGGAUCUAGGUGAAGACUUGCUGAUUGGUGGCCAUGCACCCAAGUGUGGACAAGUAUUCAAAAACACUGCACUGGCUCAAACACUGAAGGAUAUUGGAGAAAAUGGCAAACCAGCUUUCUAUCAGGGCAGAGUGGCCCAAGCCAUCGUUGAUGUCAUCAACCAAAAUGGAGGGGUUAUGACUUUAGAUGACCUCAUCAGCCACAACAGUGAGGUCAUCACCCCUAUAAGCACAGAGUACAAGGGUGUGCGUCUGUGGGAACUUCCUCCAAACAGUCAGGGACUGGCUGCGUUGCUCCUGCUCAACAUCCUGGAAAAUUUUCCUCAACUCAAAGCUGUAGGCCAUAACAGCUCUGACUACAUCCAUGUAUUGGUGGAGGCAGUGCGGUUGGCACUAACAGAUACUUUACGUUACCUGGGCGACCCAGACCAUGUGAACAUCCCUCUGGAAACCUUACUGGACAAGAGCUAUAGCCACCAGCGAGCGCAAGACAUCAGCAUGAACAGGGCUAUGGAGCAUGUGGAGCCUGGUCCAGUCACAGGAAGUGACACAGUCUAUUUCUGUGUGAUUGACAGUCAGGGAAACGCAUGUUCAUUUGUCAACAGCACCUACAUGGGCUUCGGGACUGGGCUUGUCCCAAAAGGCUGUGGAUUCUCCCUACAGAAUCGUGGUGCCAGCUUCUCUCUGUGUCGUGACCAUGUUAACUGCAUUGCUGGGGGGAAGCGGCCAUAUCACACCAUAAUACCUGCACUCCUCACUGACUCUGAAACCAGCUUGAAGAAUCCGCAACUCCUCGCCGUGCUCGGGGUGAUGGGGGCUUUUAUGCAACCACAGGGCCACAUUCAGGUGUUGUUGAACAUGAUGGAGUUUGGGAUGAAUCCCCAGCAGGCUCUGGAUGCACCAAGAGUCUUUGUGCAGUAUGACCACAAGGCUGAUCAGUGGUUGAUUAAUUUGGAGGAGGGGAUCAACCAGGAGGUAGCUGAGGAGCUGAGAAGAAGAGGCCACAAAGUCAACUGGCCAGUCACAGGCCACCAGAGGUCUCAGUUUGGGAGGGGACAGAUCAUCACAGUGGGCGACUGGUGGAAUCCAUCUGUCACUCAAGCUGAUUGUCCAUCCAGGGUGCUUUGGGCAGGAUCAGACCCCAGAGCAGAUGGAUGUGCUCAAGGAUACUAGUAACAUAAUAAAUGAUACUUUAGAUAGCUAUUUGAAGACAAAUGUCUCCUCAAUCCACUUGUUUUGCUGUAAAAUCCUUGAUUCUUUUCUUUUGAUUUUGUAAUUCAUCAAAGUGAUUUUAAUGUUGGUUGAUAUCUAGCAAAUAGUCAGACUUAUCAACGUUUUAAUAGCAACUUGUACCGAUAUGAAGUGCCUUAUUUCAUCACUUCAUUAGUUGUUCUUGUUUUAUGUUUACAGUUCACACACUUUUUCUAGAUGUAAUCUGUUAUACACAUCAGAAACAGAACAAGACAUCAGCUUAUUAUUAUUACUGUAUGAACAAAAUAGUUUCUGGAUUAUUGUUUUUGAUUGACUAGCUGCUACUACAGAUUAUUAAAAGCUAAUGCUCUGUCAGCUUUUAAAUUUGGAGCAACAAAUUGGAUAAAUACUUCCAGUAUUUUCAUGCAAUUAUAUAGUUUGCCAGAAAUGGAUUUAUAUAUGAUUUUUGUUUUUUAUAGAAUGACUGACUUAAAUUUUUACUCUUCAGAACAUUAGGAUAAAUGAUUUACAUUUAGAUACGUUAGUAAUAAUAAUAGGAAGCAAAGACAAAGCUUUAUUUAAAUAAAUUUAGCAAAAGUUAUAAACACUUUUAAAUUUGGAGAAAUAUUUGAAAUCUGUAUUACAGAUGAUUGGCAAUAGAAAUAUACUUAAUUUCUUCACAAUGACUUUACAUAAAUGCCAAAUAAAUUUCUCAAAUAUUUGCUUUGUUUGUUUAAGUUGUUUGAAUACCCUGUUCCUAAAUAAUUAUUCGAUUUAUGCAGCUUUAACUCUUUUAUAUAAAUAAUAAUGCAAAAAUUUCUUUUACAAAUUCAGUAUUUACUUGGUCAACAGCUGGCAUA